AUGACGCUCAAGAAUGAACGAGUGUUCAAACAUCUGUUGACUUGCACCAAUUUGACAUUGCCUCAAGACUAUGAGGACGAGGAUUGCAUGGAUCUCUAUCGCACCUGUGUGAUAAAGAGUGGCAGCAUCGUAAUGCUUCAGGCCUACAUUGACAUCAACUAUCAUCAUCAGUUGAUCGACGUCACACUCGCAAUGCUACUUAUCGCCAUCGAUCACGGCGACGAACAAUUCCUCAAACAUCUACUACAACACUCAAUAUUGGACGAUGAGGAAGGCGAGGAUGAAAGUGAAGAUGACUUGACCAACUUGUUGGUGAGACCUGGUGUGGACAUCAACAUUCUUCACCUGAUCAGUGAUCACCUGGGCAAUCAUGACCUGUGGAAUGCCAUCACGAGACACUCAGUAUGCCACAACCAGGCCGAGAGUGUACAAUACCUCUUGGAUCACAUGCCCGAGUCUAUCACACAGCCCAAAGAGACACUGUUUGGAUUCAUAUCUGAUUGCUGUCAGCAUGGAGGUAAUGACGUUUUCAAAGUGCUCUUUGAGCGUUUGAAGCUGGUCAAUUGUGGAGAAGCCAUCUCCAUUGAUUAUAUCCAGGUGAGUUGGAUGGUAUGUAAUGGUCGCACGCAACUCCUCAAGUACAUCACGGAUGAGCUCAAAGAUCAGGUCAACAUUGACUUGGCAUCAUCAAAAACACUGCUUGAAACAGCACUGAUCGAUGGUCAUAUGGACAUGGCUGAGCAUCUCCUCGAACUCAUCACCAGAUCUCGAUCACACAAAGACCAGAAAAAGCGCAUGAUGGUUCAGACUGUGGGUGAUAUCAAUGAGUACAAGGUGACCACAUCAUUGCUUGAGCGAUUGUCCAAACAUCAAGGAGUCAAGUGUACAAUCAAUAUGGAGCAAUUCAAAAAGAAUGGAAUGUUGACGAAUGAUCGAGCACUCAAAGACAUGUUGAGGUCAGCGAUUCGAAACAACAGCUUGGUGGCAGCCAAGCACAUCCUACCACACUGCAAGAAUCUUGAUAUCACCAAGUCGGACACGCCCAAGGACAACAUAUGGCUCAGAAUGUCACCCGAGAUGGGCAUGUUGAUCGCCUCACACAGCAAUGAUCAUUCUCUCAAACUGAAGCCACUGAUGCUCAGUCCCAAGGACCUCGAGAACAUGAUCACGGCCAUUUGGAGUGAGGACAGCGGCAUGAACGAGGAGGUGGCAACAGCAUUCAUCACCAACAAUCACUUUGAUAUGAAGCAGUCCGAGGAACUGAUGCGAGCCAAGUCGCUCUCGGCUGGCGUGUCAUUAAAGUUCAUGAUACUGGUCAAUCAGAGUAAGGGACCAGCCGACCUCAACCGCUCUCAUCUCAUCAUGGCAAUCGAUCAUUCAUGUGUGGAGAACAUCAUAUAUCUCAAGAGUAGCGGUAAAGAGCCUGUUGGAGUUUUCCAGGAAGGACUCAUUAAGGCUAUUGAAGAGGGCUCAUUGGCUGUAGUUCAGGCAAUAUUGGACACCUUUACACUCAAGGACAAUGUUGAGGAUUAUUUAUCGAGCGCCUCAAAGAACACCAAGGAGGUCUUUGAGUUGGUGUACCACAAGCUCAUUGGCAAUGCUGGGAAGUCGAUCAUCGAGACCCUCAUAUCACAGGCUUAUGCAUCACUGACUGAGUACUCUAUGGACAAUAUUAAUGUGGCUGUGUUAUACAACUCAUACGACGUGUUGGAAUACCUCUUGGACACAUGGACAGCAUCACCUUUCAUCAACGGCAUCACCAAUACUCAACGUCUACGGAUUGUCCUCUUGGUAUUGAAUUAUGCUUAUCGCUGUGGAUAUACGCGAGUCAUUCAUCUAUGUCACUCAAUCAUCAAUCGCGUCAACAACGACAACAGUUCGAACAACAAGAAGAGGAAACAACCAGAGGUUGAUGAGAGUACAGAUACAAUGAUGGAGACAAAAUCAACAUCAUCAUCACGUUUGUCGACAGCAUUCCAAAUGGUGUUCGGAGAUAGAAGACUGGGCAUGAUCAUCAUGAGGACCACUGGUGAUCUGUACAGGAGGUUUGGUGUCAAAGAUGACAAACUGAUCAAAGGUGGACAACUGUUGGCCAAGCAUACUCUGGUCGACUAUAUCAAGUAUGGCGCCAUUGAGUGGUUCCUCAAGUCAUACUAUCCAGUUGCCAAAAUAUACCCUGACAACAACCAGUUGCUCACGGCAGCACUCAUUCGUGCCGACACUCAAGUUAUGGACGUCCUUUUGGCCAACCCCUCGAUGAACAUCGGCUUCCAAUAUAUAAAUGAUUGGUCCAUCCUACAGUCAAUCGUGGAGCAUCAUUCACACUGUCAUCAGGAUGGAUUGGAGCGCAGCAUCGAUGAGAUGAUGGUACUCAGUCAAAAGACAAAGUUCAAGUUUGAAGGCAAGCUCUUAGACACAGUCAACCACCCAGCACUCAUGUACAAGUUGAUAAAACUUAGCAGAGAUAAAGUAUACACCACGAAACAUAUGAUCAAAGUGAUGUUCAAACAUUGGAUCAGCGACAAGGAGGCCUUUGACCGAGCGCUUGGACCUUCCCUAUUACCUUCACACGUCCAGCCCAGUGCACAGUAUCAAGUCGAUCAGUCCUGGUGUAUAUUCCAAAUGAGUCAUGUUCUCCAAGCACUCCUGGAGCUAUGCGCAGCAGAUGGUCAAGGCGUCGUACUCAAUCACAUUCUUGAGCGAUUCCAAGAUUUCAUGCAUCCAUCCGUCCGUUGGUAUGUGAAUUACAACAAGAUCUUUGGUUGUGCCGCGGUCAAUGGCCAUCUGGACAUAGUCAAGCAACUGCAUCAGUUCAUAAUCUCGCGAGAUCGAACAUUCGAUCCCUGCCGAUCAAUCUCAGAAGUGUUGAAGAGGGGCCACGAGCAAGUGGUGGACUUCUUGCUCGGACUUCCAUUGAAGAAUGACCAAGACAUGGAUGAAGAAGAAGAUGAUGAUCAUGAUGAUGCGAUCCUUCUUCAAGAACCGAUCCAACCUGUGAGGGACAUUCAUCCAAGCAUCUUGUCAAUUGGAUUGGUCCAGAAGUUGGUGGCACCACCCCAUCAAUUUAAAUGCUCGUUCGAUCGUGUGAUGGCACGUGCCAUACUCAAUCAAGACAAGGCCACUAUCACCUUUUUGGAGGAACAAAGGGAUGAACACCAGUUCAUUACCAACUAUAACUUGGCACUAGGUGCCGCAGCAACGAUUGGCGAUGUGGAGACGGCCGAGAUGAUUCUACAGACGCACCAGUACUGCAUCCCACCCGAGUAUGUCGAUAGGGACUUCAACAUAUAUGAUGAGGAUCAUUAUUCAGAGGACGGCAAAGACCUGGGCUUUGAGUUCAACAUCGAGGAUGAGACUAAAAAGAGCAUUGUCCUUAGAUUGGAGAGAUACAGAGUGAGCGCCAUCAAGUGGUCACUGAUCGAGCCUGCCGUGGGCAUGGUGAUUGCCAAAUAUCUUGCCAGCGACCACAUCAACUUUGCAUUCAAACAUCUCAGCUUUGUCAUUGCUGCGUCCACAUUACCUCUGACCAAGAUGACCGACGAAGUGGUCCAAGCCUUCAUCAAUGGUUGGAUUGCGGGACUAGGCAAACGAUUCGAGGAUGAUGAUGUGGUCAAGAUUGUCAAGUGUGCAGCAUCCUACUCCCUCUCAAUGAUCAAGUUGGUUCAUGGUAUCUUCACCUCGACCAAUCAUCGAUUGUUGUUCAUUCGAGCCAUACCACAAUGUGCCAAACGAGGUGAUGCUCAAUCAAUCCAAUACAUUCUUGAUGUAUUCAGGCAGCAAGAAACCAACGACGACGAAGACACAUCAAUCGAUCUAGAUGAUAUUGACUACAACAGGCUAAAGGAAACCACAGAUGUUGAUUCAUUGGCAGUACUCGCGGACAUUGGCAUCAUCGAUUCCAACACGCAUCAAUCAAGAUCACAUCUCAUCAAUAUUUUGGACAACGCUUGCAACACUGGACAUGUUGAGACCAUUCGAUUCAUUGAUCAACGAUUCAACAACAUUAGCAAUACCAGUUCUUCAGACGCCGGACAAUCAAUAAUAGUUGUGCCAACAAUUCGAGUCAUUGAGGAGGCGGCAAAGAUGAACCAUCAUUCAGUGAUCACGUACCUCUUUGAUCGCUCUUCAGCAUUCUGGAGAUCAAUGGAACAACAACACAAUCAUCCACUCAAUGCCAUUCGAUUGCUUAAGCAACUGCGAUUCAAUGCCUUCAACGAUGGACACAUGAACAUCAUCAAUCAUUGCACCAAGCUGAUCAAUCAACUUGUUUGA